AUGGCUGUUGGACCAUGCAGUGUGAAGUUACAACAGCGUCGUGUGGAAUUAGUUCAGGAGUGGAGUGGCUAUAUAACUCCUCUACUGGAGCUCCUCUUCCAAGUUGGGGCACUGACAGAGGAGGAUCUCAGUCUUAUCAGGGGUGGAGGAUGCACUGGUGAGCGAGAGAGAAUGAGAACAUUGCUGGACGUUUUAUUUGGGAGGGGAGAAGAGGCAUGCCGUGCCUUUUUCCACCUGUUACCUCGGAUUCAUGCAGAAACCAGAACAGUUAAUGCUGGCAUCCAACAGAACAUGCGGGAGCACCUUAUAAAACACAGAAACAUCCUGGUCAGACAACAUUGCCACACUGAUUACCUUAACAUUAGAGGACAACCUCCAGGACAGGUUGGGGCCGGUUCCUUUACUGACAUCACGUUCUCUCAGCAUGUGGGUUAUGCUGUCCCUCUACAGCAUGAGACAGCCAUUGUGGGGGAUGCAUUCAGAGGUUUCAGGGAAGAAAGCAGACGACAGGAUGAGAUUUGUGUUUUUAGAGAUGUGCAACAGAAUCUGCUUUCCACCUCUGGGGACUGUGUGACUCUGCUCUCGGGAGUUGCUGGUAGCGGAAAGACCACUGCGGUGAGGAGGCUGGUUUGGGAAUGGGCGGCUGACACACAAUCACAGAAAAUACUCCUGUCUUUGUCCUUCCGUGAGCUAAACUUGAUCACUGAGCAACACAGUCUGCUAGAGCUCCUCUCAGUGCACUACAGCCACCUGAAACCCAUUCUAUCUGAGAUAAUGUCAUUAAACCCUGCCCGGAUUUUGCUAAUCCUGGAUGGACUAGAUGAAUUCCGGUUUCCCCUGGACUUUGAUCGCACUCCCAAGUGCUCAGACCCGGAGCGAGAGUUGCCUGUUGGGGCAAUGGUGGUGAACCUGAUCAAAGGCAACCUGCUUCCAGGUAUCUCUCUCCUUCUCACCUCUCGCCCCCAUGCGGUCUCCAAGGUCCCCCCUUUACUGGUAAACCAGUUUUACAGUGUCCUUGGUUUCUCCCCUGCUCAGCAGCAGCAAUAUUUUGAGCAAACUUGUAGCUCUCCCCAGGUUGCUGCUGCUGUCUGGGGCUUUGUGUCCUCCCAAAAGCCUCUUCUGCUGAUGUGUCACAUUCCUGCCUUCUGCUGGAUUGUUUCCACUGCCUUACAUGACGGCUUUUCUCCCUGCCUUGACAGAAUAUUCCUUGGUGCUGCUUCCAUAAAUGUAGAAAGCACAAGGGUUUUAAGCAGACAACCAGGGGAUGUUCAAACAGCGUCUGGAUCAAGCACAUUGUCACUACAUUCCCUACCUUCUCAAAAUUCAGCCAGAACAGUCACAAUUACUGAGAUCUACUGUUGUUUCCUGAAAUCCAUCCUACUAUUCCAUGUGAAGGGGCAGACGGGAAACUCCAAUCCUCAUAGGCUCCAGGAUGCACCCCGAGUCCUGCAGGAAAUGAAGCCUAUACUCAAACACCUUGGGAAGCUUGCCUUCAGAGGCCUGUUAGAGCGACGUUUUCUUUUUGACUGCUCCGAUUUAGACUCCAUCUCAGUGGAGGGCAGUGAAUUCUCCCGAGCCCUCCUCGUGGAGAUUGUCAAAGAGGACCAGGCUUCCCUGACGUAUGAAAGGAACUUCCACUUCAUCCACACCAGUGUGCAGGAGUUUCUGGCUGCCUUGUACUAUGUCCUCGAAUCACUUUCAGGGACUGACCCUUUCUCAGGACUCAAGUGUUCAAGGGUCCUGUUCCAUCCCACCUUUCAGAAACAUCUGAACUCCAUAGUUCAGAGGCUACACAGACCUAGACACCUCUUAGCCAAGUGUAUCAAGAAGGCCUUCCACUGGAGUGCACGUCAUCAGUCUGGACAUAUGGACCUCUUCUGCAGGUUUGUGUCUGGCCUGUUAGUUCCCAGGACACAGUUCAUCUUGGACGGCCUGUUCACUGAAAGACCAAAUAAUUCUGGGACCUCUGUUCCCCUUACACCCUCUUUCCUUCUACAACUUCUUCACUCCCAGCUCCAGAGCAGCUGCCUCAGUCCAGAGCGACAAAUCAACACAUGCCACUGUCUUUAUGAGGCCCAGGAUUCAGGAUUGUCCCAAAGGUUGCAAGGCUGGCUAGGGGUUCUAGCUCAGCAGGAGUCAAAUCAGUCCAUUUCAGAGAAGAGGGACUGGAGUGAGUUAGCAUUCCUGCUUCAGUUGAGCCCGGACCUGCAGAUUCUGAAGCUGGACGCUCAGGGACUUGAUGCAGAGGGCCUGCACAGACUUCUGCCUGUCCUACCCCUCUUUAGCACCCUUAGCCUUGGCCAGAAUCCAUUAGGUCCAGAGGGUGCAGCAGUACUGUCUCUUGCCCUUCAGAGCCCAGACUGCCGUGUCGAGAGACUAUGGGUUGUGGCAACAGGGCUAGGUUGUGAAGGACUUAGGAUUCUAGCAGAAGCACUUAAAAGCAAUCGCACUGUUGUUGACCUCAGAAUGGCCAUUAAUCACAUUGGAGAUGACGGGGCUGGCUAUCUUGCAGAUUUACUGAAGUCCAAUCGCACUUUAAAAGAUAUCAGGCUCCGUGACAAUCAAGUGACAGACAAAGGGGCAGAACUUAUCAUGGCUGCUCUGCUGCAAAACACAACACUAGAAUAUCUUUGGAUGUUUGAUAACAAGUUCUCCAAGGAAGGUGUCCAGAAGCUGAAAGACUUUGCCAAGUCCAGAGCCUCUCUUGACAUCAAAGUUUGCAUUUGA